UCGCUUUCGCCUUGAUGAUGAUCAUUAUCAUCACGUCCUUGUCGGUGCUUCGAAGGAAUCAUUAUAACGUAUUUUAUUACCUCCACGUGUUCUGCAGCAUUUCCGUGUUUGUCUUCUCAUGCGCACAUACCAGCACAAAUUUUUACUGCCUUUUACCUGGCUUGAUCCUCUUAGUGGUCGACUGGGGCUUGAGAGCCAGUAAAUUGAUGAGAAAAGGGACCGCAACGGUGGAGAACAUCGGUGAUGGCUGGUACCGAGUCCAAUUGCCCGUCACGGCGACAAGUCAAAUCGAUGAUGAUGCUGCAGCAGAAAAACAAUUGAUUGUGGACCAACCGAUUCAGUCGUACAGCAUAAUCUUUCCAGAAAUCAGCAAGUUACAAAACCACCCUUUCACUGCUGCAAAAGUUGGAUCUACUACUGGGGGCCCGGUCCUUCUGUUCCAGAGAACUCGAGGAAAGAAGAAGCAGAAGAAAUUGGACAAAGAAUGGACCUGGAAACUUGGCUCAACAGUGCCGUCAAAGGGGGAUCGGAAAGACAUCCACGUACGGGUCGAGGGCCCGUACAUUCCCGUUGAUACCGAAUACCUCACCGCAUCGAGAGUCAUCUGCAUUGUGGGAGGCACUGGAAUUACUGGAGCAUGGAGUCUCGCCAAUUGGUGGUUGGAGAAUCGGGGCCACGAAACUCAGGCGAAGUUCUUUCUGCUUUGGACCGUGAGAGACCGAGCAAUGUCGAGCCUCCGCGAGUGGAGAGAAUUGGAAGACAUGACUAGAGGGGCAAGCAACAUGGAUAUAAAGGUUCAUGUGAGCUCCGAGUCUGGCCGCGUCGAAGCGACACCCUAUCUGCGGGAGAUACUAUGCCGCGUGGAUCAGAGGGUGGAGAAGACAACAGCAGUUGUGAACACCUUGAAUAGCUCUACACCAAGAGCAUGGGUGUAUGUAUCUGGCCCAGAGGGUAUGUUGAGCACUGUCGAGACCGCUUGCUUAAGACUUCGCAGCGAAGUCAGAGGUGCUCGGAAGGGCAAUACUGGGUCCACAUGGUGUGUUGAGGACUUGGCGUGGCACUCGGCAAAGUGGGAGGUUUAAGAUGUGGAGGUGGAGGGUCUAAGGCAGAUACUGAGGUCAACUGGACCAACCUCAAGAAGUCCUCAACGCACCCCAAUACCAUAUAUUUAUUCAGAACAACCAAUACGUACAAGAAUAUCAUUAGUUUUAUAUACUGUG